CACCACUUUAAUUCAAACAAUAAGGUUACACGCAAUCUCUGAGAAAAAAAAUCUCCAAAUCUCUUUAAAUUAGGGAUUCAAGCAUUCGAUGGAAUUCACAUGAUGGCGUCGUUCUCCUCAUUCUCAGUGAGAAUUGCCUUAGUUUUUCUAGUUUUCUGCGUGAUCGGCUUACAAGCUGCGGAUGAUCUCCCUGAUCAAGCUGGCGGCGACAUCUGCGGCGGGAUUCCAAUUCCAGGCGACUUCUGCCCAAUUAACUGUGUCCAGGAGGAUCUCGUUUGCGGAGCCAAUGGGGUCACGUACUCUUGCGGUUGUGAAGACGCAGCGUGCAAUGGAGUUCGUGUAGUCAAAAGAGGAGCUUGCGACGCAGGUAACGCUCCGGGCCAAGCUUAGUUACAGAUUCAUAGGGUUUGGCUCUUCUCGUGGUGUUUUCUGAUCUCAAGACUUGUGUUUGAGAUGUAUCAUGCUCUGUAGAUCACACGUUGAAUGUUUUUUUCCCUUGUGUCUGUAUGUUCUAAGUUGAGUUGCUGUCUCAACUUAGAAUACACGUGUUGUGUUUGUAUGUUCGAAUAGUUGUGUUUGUAUUUUUAUUUUGUACCUAAAUAACUCGCGCUAAAGCUGCGGGAUAACAUAAUACACGAAGAUUUAAUACAUAAUCUUCUGUACUUUUUAAUAAUAAAUAAAGUUUACAAAUUGUUUACUA